GGAAACAGUUGACGUCGAAUCGACAUUGAACGCCGCGGCGCCGAUAAGACAAACGUGUUAAUCAUUCCCCUCGUAAUCACGUUCCUGUCGGUGAGUCACGCUUCCUCUGGCGGCGGCUCUGGCUUCCGUGUAAAAAAUAAUCAACCGGCCCGUCUAUACCCGUUUGGUUUAAUCUAUGGACAACUCGUGGGCGGAAAGGUUUUUACGGCGGAGGCGAUGAGAGGAAGGGGGUGACCAAGUGUGACAGGACUGACAGGAGGCGUGACUCGAGAUACGAGUUAUCAACGCACGGCUGAUCGCAGCGGGGAGUCGGGGACAUUUGUCAGGGGAGCGCAAACGAACCACGAACCUUCAAACGGUACGGUAGCCUUUCGUGGACUGCGUGGAGUAAGGCCCUCCCCCCCGUGAUCGUCCCUGCGACCUGCGAGCCUGCGACGGCUGCGACUCGUCUCCCGUGAAGAUCGUCGUCGGCAAGCGCGAUGGAGACGUACGAGAGCGUUCUCCUGGUCAAGUCCGAGGUGUUUGUCUUCAAAAUUCCGCCAAGGUCGACCAACAGGGGUUAUCGAGCAGCCGAUUGGAACCUGCAGGAACCCUCCUGGACCGGUCGCAUGCGAUUGGUGUCACAGGGCGACAGCAUCACGCUAAAGCUAGAGGACAAGAUCACGGGCGAACUGUUCGCCAAGUGUCCCAUCGAAACUUAUCCUGGGAUAGCGGUAGAACCGGUCACCGACUCAUCCCGAUAUUUCGUCCUGAGGAUCCAAGACGAUAAUGGACGGUCAGCGUUCAUAGGUGUCGGUUUCUUGGACAGGUCUGACAGUUUUGAUCUGAAUGUCGCUCUUCAGGAUCACUUCAAGUGGUUGAAGAAUCGGGAGCAGAUCGAGAAGGAGAAGGAGAAGCCGAAACAGGAGUUGGAUCUCAGAUUUAAGGAGGGCGAAACUAUCAAGAUUAACAUGAAGAUUACCAAAAAGGAUGGCAGCGAGGUUGCGUCCAAGUCCAGACAACGUAAUCCGGCCGUAGGUCUGCCGCCUCCCCCAGGUGGUGUCAAGAUUGCUCCACCACCAGCAAAAACUCCUACUUCCUCACCGGCGCACAAGCCACCACAAAGUCAAAAUCAAGAUGGUACGAGUUCAGAGUGGGGCGAAUUUGCUAGUGCUUCUCAGUCAGCAUCGGCCGCAGCACCGGCAUCAGGACCGGCACCAGCACCCACAGUGGCCAAUGCCAGUUGGGUGCAAUUCUAACUUUUAGAAUAUAUGUAUAUAAUGUUAUACAUAGAUAUUUGCUUCAGUAUAUACACAUAGUGAUUUUGAUAUGGAUGGUCAAGUUUUGGAAACAUGUUGGAAACUACUCAUUUUGAAAACUCCUGAAAAUGGAGUUUUGCCGUAAUGAUGACUUUUAAAUCAAAACGUUCAUUGGAUACUAAAAUAAUCAUUGAAAAUUUUUUGACGUUAAUAAAUAACAACUUAAUUUUUCAAUGUCUAAACGGACUGAUAAUUUUUAUAAAUAUUGCUAACAUACAAUGCCAACAUAUAAUACAAUAUUAGAAACGUAUAUCUAUGUAAACUUUCAAAGCAUUUUUGUACAACUUCAUGACGAAGAGAGAGUGUUUAUAAAUUGAAAAGAAAGCGACUUCAGAUCUAUGCUAAUACGAUUCUUUUUCUUAGAAUGGAUAGAAUAUCUAAAAUUUGGCCAUUUAUGCUGAAAUCGUUCUUGUAUAUUAAAGUAAAUGAAAUAAUUGAUUAUACACGCAUAUGACAUGAUAAACGUAUUAAGCUAGAGAUUUUAAGGUGACUAUUGCAAGUCUUUAUGAAUAAUGGAAAGAGAGUCUGAUGUAUAUUUUCCAAUACUAUAUAGCGUGUGGUGAAAAAUAUAGUAACAUUCGUGAGAGGGGUGAUAUUUUUCCAGUCAAAAAAGACGUUUUAAAGCAGUAUUAAAUCCUAAGGAAACCUAAAGCCUUCUAAGGAAGCCUUUCGUUAUAUUUGUUUUGUAAUAAAACUAUUUUUUAAUGAA